ACCCGCAGGCGGAGCGGGCAGGGACGCGCCGGGCAGCCGCGCUCCGAAGCAGCCCCGCGCGGCGCCCGAGGGGGAGCCGGCGCCCAGCUCGCGGCCAUGGAGAAGGCGCGGCCGCUGUGGGCCAACCCGCUGCAGUUCGUCUUCGCCUGCAUCUCGUACGCCGUGGGCCUGGGCAAUGUGUGGCGCUUCCCCUACCUGUGCCAAAUGUACGGCGGAGGGAGCUUCCUGGUGCCCUACGUCAUGAUGCUGAUGGUAGAGGGCAUGCCUCUCCUGUACCUGGAGCUGGCAGUGGGGCAGCGCAUGCGGCAGGGCAGCAUCGGUGCCUGGAGGACCAUCAGCCCCUACCUUGGUGGUGUUGGCUUGGCCAGUGUGGUGGUGUCCUUCUUCCUGUCCACGUACUACAACAUCAUCAACGCCUGGGCCUUCUGGUACCUCUUCCACUCCUUCCAGGAUCCCCUGCCCUGGUCCGUGUGCCCGCUGAAUGACAACCACACGGGCUAUGACGAGGAGUGUGAGAAGGCAUCCUCCACGCAGUACUUCUGGUACAGGAAAACCCUCAACAUCUCCCCGUCCAUCCAGGACAGUGGGCACGUGCAGUGGGAGCCGGCGCUCUGCCUCAUCCUGGCCUGGCUGGUGGUGUACCUGUGCAUCCUGCGGGGCACCGAGUCCACCGGCAAGGUGGUAUACUUCACCGCGUUGCUGCCUUACUGUGUGCUCCUCAUCUACCUGGUCAGGGGCCUCACGCUCCACGGAGCCACCAACGGCCUGGCGUACAUGUUCACACCCAAGGGUUGGUUCAGCAGCCCCGUCCCUUGCCUGGCUUUGCAGCUAGAGCAGCUGGCCAACCCCAAGGCCUGGAUCAACGCAGCCACGCAGAUCUUCUUCUCCCUGGGCCUGGGCUUCGGCAGCCUGAUCGCCUUCGCCAGCUACAACGAGCCGUCCAACGACUGCCAGAAGCACGCCAUCAUCGUGUCCCUCAUCAACAGCUCCACCUCCGUCUUCGCCAGCAUCGUGACCUUCUCCAUCUACGGCUUCAAGGCCACCUUCAACUACGAGAGCUGCUUGAACAAGGUGAUUCUGCUGCUGACCAAUUCUUUUGACCUGGAAGAUGGCUUUCUGACAGCCAGCAACCUGGAGCAGGUGAAGGGCUACCUAGAGUCCACCUUCCCCGACAAAUACAGCGAGGUGCUCCCGCAAAUGAAAAACUGCAGCUUGCAGUCAGAGCUGGCCACGGCGGUCCAGGGCACUGGCCUGUCUUUCAUCGUCUAUACUGAGGCCAUUAAAAACAUGGAGGUGUCCCAGCUGUGGUCGGUGCUCUACUUCUUCAUGCUGCUGAUGCUGGGCAUUGGGAGCAUGCUGGGGAACACGGCGGCCAUCCUCACGCCUCUGACCGACAACAAGGUCAUCUCCAGCCACCUGCCCAAGGAGGCCAUCUCCGGUCUGGUGUGCCUCGUCAACUGUGUCAUCGGCCUGGUGUUCACCAUGGAGGCCGGCAACUACUGGUUCGACAUAUUCAAUGACUAUGCUGCCACACUGUCCCUGCUGCUCAUCGUCCUGGUGGAGACCAUCGCUGUGUGUUACGUGUACGGGCUGCGGAGGUUUGAAGGUGACCUUAAGGCCAUGACUGGCCGCACCCUGAACUGGUACUGGAAGGCCAUGUGGGCCGGCGUGAGCCCACUGCUCAUCAUCAGCCUCUUUGUCUUCUACCUGAGUGACUACAUCCUCACGGGGACCCUGCAGUACCAAGCCUGGGACGCCUCCCAGGGUCAGCUUGUGACCAAGGAUUACCCCCCAUACGCCCUGGCUGUCAUCGGGCUGCUGGUGGCCUCCUCCAUCAUGUGCAUCCCCCUGGUGGCCCUGGGGACUUUCAUCGUGCGCUGCCUCAAGAGGGGAGACACGCCCCCCGUGGCCUGAGGACUGGGCUUCCGAGAGACCGUGGUCGGCUGCUCCCUGCCCUGCAGCUAGGAUUUACAGGCGGCAUCUCCUUUGGCUACUUGUAAAAAUAUUUGCUCCAGAAAUACUCAGCCCGUCGUCUUCCUGAGUGCAUCAAGAAUUGUGGAGGAAGACGGCUCCCUCGGGAGGACCCACACCCCGCCCGCGGAGUGGGCCCUGCUCCCCUCUGCGUCCCCCCAAGGUCGCACCGUGCUGCCUCCUUGUCACUAGAAAUGCGGGCUUCUCAAGGCCAGUCUUGAAGACAAUCACUUUCUUGACUCUAGGGAAGUCCUAGGAUUAGGACACACUGUGAGCUGAAAUUUGACUAUAAUUUUUAUGGAAUAAAAUUUAAGUGGUUUUUUCCUUCUGAAGAAAUCCCAAAAUAUCAGAGGGCAAUUGUUUUUUUAGAUCGGUUGGAAAAGAGGUUUUUUUCAAGUGCCUGAGA